UGUGAUCGGUAUGCUCAGGCGCAGUCGGGCGAUGGCUGCGACUCUUUCAGCCAGGACUUCGGCAUCACGUCACCGCAGUUGGAGACGUGGAAUCCUGUCCUUGGGUCAAAUGGCGAGAACUGUCUCACACAGUUCUUCGCUGGGAACUGGUACUGCGUCGGACUUGCAACAGGUACAACCACCACUUCCACAGCCAGCUCCACGGGUGUACCUACUCCCUCCCCAGUCCAAUCCGAAAUCGACCCGCAAUGUACAAAAUAUUCCGCGGCCGUCUCUGGAGAUACCUGCAUCGCUUUCGCCUCGGCGAAUAAUAUCACACCCGCCCAGCUUUAUAGCUGGAACCCAGCCCUUGGUAGCGGGGGCUCGAACUGCGGCUCGGAUUUCUGGGCCAACGAUUACUAUUGCGUCGGCGCGCCUGAUAGCUCAGCUACUACAACAGCUGCGCCUACUAGCACGGCUGUAGUCACGCCUUCGCCAAUCCAGUCAGGCAUAGACCUCCAGUGUACGAAAUUUGCCGAAGUGGCCUCGGGAGAUACUUGCCCCGGCUUCGCCACGAAGAACGGUAUCACGGCCACCGAGCUCUACUCCUGGAACCCAGUUCUCGGCGCAGGAGGCGCGAAUUGUAAUUCUGAUUUCUGGGCCAACGAGUACUAUUGUGUCGGUGCACCUGGAAGUUAGUCUACUGACCAUUUUUCUUGGUUCAUU